ACCCUGCCCCUCCAUCCAUCCCCACCCGCCGUCCUCGUCCUCGCCAUCCCCGACGCGCUCGGCCUCGCCAUCCUCACCCACCUCCUCGGGCCUGCCGACCUCCCCGUGCGCGCCGCCCUCGUCCGCUCCCCGGGCUCGCUCCCCAUCACCCUCGCGACGCACCCCAACCUGACCCUCCUCCCCGCCGCCAUCCCCGACAUGCCCGCCGCGCAGCUGGCCGCCCACGUCGCCGGGUGUGCCGCGGUGGUGUCCGCGCUGGCGCACGAGACAGCCUGGCGGGGCGUGCCGCGCGCAGGGAUCGGGAUGGGCGGGCGGGACCUGUGCACGGGGGUUGCGCGACGCGUGUGUGAGGCCGUGGCGCGCGUGGGGCCCGACGUGCCCGUCAAGUAUGUGAUGCUCGGCUGGGUGGAUGAUGAUGUAUACCCGGAGGCCGACGCGGCGAGUGUGCUCGCGCGCGUGGAACGCGGGGUCGUGACGGCGCUCAAGGCGUGCUUCCCGCCGUGGAUGGACACCGCCACCGCCGCGCGCUACCUGGUGGAGGAGGUCGGCGCGAAAGACCCGUUUGUGGAGUGGGUUGUUGUGCGCACGGGCGUGGGGAGGGACGGGCGGGUCGGCGCGUACGUGGUGGGUGAGAGGCGGGGGUUGUUUGCGGGCGGCGUGCAUGGGGACGCGACGACGGGCUGGACGACGACGAGGGCGAAUGUUGCGCAUUUUGUGGGCGAGUUGGUUGCUCGCGACGGGGUGUGGGCGGAAUGGAGGGGGAGGAUGCCGCUUGUUUGUGAUGCAAAGUAGAUCCGUGAGCGACGGUGCGUGGCUUAGAAGCAAGCCUCUUGUACAUACCAUUUCCCGGGAAUCCAACCCAACACCCGCAGCCGGCGUAUCUUUGAACCUAUUUGCCCAGCAGGAACGAGUGCACAUGUCCCGAUGCUGCCUUGUUUGUGAAGACGCGAGCAAUCUCUGAGCGAGCGAGUAAACAGUCUCUCAC